UAGUCACCCCGUAAAAAAAGUGCAAACAAACACCAGCAAGUCAAGCCACACGUGCGCCUCCUCCAUAGUGCUGUCCUGGUCACCUGCCCACUGCCACACAAACUGCCCCGUGCCGUUGUCAGGCCAAAGACACGCGUGACAAGAUUGAUAAAAACUUAACAACAUGAAGAGCAACACCCCUCCAAUGUCCCCAGUGCAGCCAGAGAGUAAUGAAGAUGAUGAAGAAUUUGAUAUUGGUGAUAUAGAAGAGGUUAUUGAACUGAAUGAGAACACUGAUGUAGAAGAGUUAGCUGAGAGGCUGGUGGCUUCCUCCUCCGAAGCACCCCAGGAUGCCCCAGAACAGAUGGAAGACGAGGAAAUGAUUACUGACAUGGCUACGACAGUGUUCGACAAACACAAAGGUUCCGUGUUUACUUGUUCCAUCUCACCCAACGGCAGUAUGGCAGCCACUGGCGGGGAAGAUGACUUGGCCUACGUGUGGAAGAUCACUGAUGGAAACGUCAUCUUUACCUGCACUGGUCACAAGGAUAGUGUGACACAUACUUCCUUCAGCCAUGAUGGAAAGCUGCUGGCGACAGGUGACUACGGUGGCUACAUCCAGGUGUGGGACGUGGACUCCUCCAGCAAGAUUUGGGAAUUUGAAGUCGGUGACCUUGGAUGGUUGAGUUGGCACCACGCAUCCCACGUCCUUCUGGCAGGCACAGUUGAUGGAGAGAUGUGGAUGUGGCUGGUGCCUCAAGGGAACACUCGCACCUUCCCCAGCUAUGGCUCGGCCUCCCUCUGUGGCACAUUUCUUCAUGAUGGAAAACGUGCUGUGGCAGGCUAUGAGGACGGCUGCGUUCGUGUAUUUGACCUCAAGAAUGGACAGUUGCUCCAUCAAGUGACUGAUGACUCGGAGGAUGUUUCUCCAGUUAUCAACCUUGCCGUGCAAAAAGAUGAUGCCUUGAUUAUCAUUGGUUCCACGGAUGGCAAAGCAAAGCUGUUCAACACUAACAAUGGAAAGCUUGUUGGAGUCCUGAAUUGUGAGGUAUCAGAGGCCACAGAUGAGGAGGCUGACACUCCUCUAGAUCACACCGUCGAGGCCGUCACUUUCUGCCCUCAUCUGCCGAACAUUGCCGUCACAGCCACACUGGCAGGCUUUGUCACCAUGUGGGAUGUGUCCUCAAAGGCCGUUAGACACACAUUGGGCCAAGGCUGUGGCUCAUCACACCUCAUGUGGCAUCCCCAUGAGCCAGUCUUGUUUACGGCUGGUCUGGACGGUGCCGUGCGUUCAUAUGAUGCACGCUCAGGGGAACCUCUUGCCCGAUAUACAGGACACAAACAAAGUAUUCUAUCAUUCAGUGUAAGCAACGAUGGCUCUUUGCUCCUCACAGCCUCGGAUGAUGGGACAGCAAGAGUAUUUAAGAUGUCCUAAUUUGUUUCCUGGCUUCUAAAUAAAACUUUAGAAAAGAAUAAUGAAUAUCCUUCAUUAAUUUAUAAUGCAUC